AUGAAAGUCGGUUUAGUGUGGUAUUUUACUGUAAUUGCUAAUUGUGUUUCCAUAAAAUAUGUUGAAGUAAAUACCUUGGCAUUUCAUGGCAAUCCUAAUGCAAACACUGCAAACGCAUACGAUUAUAGAGAAAUAAGAAGGAAAGAUUCCCGGAAAAGAGAAAUUUUUCGAAGCAUCGACAAAAGAAGUAUCAGACAUCAGCGUUACGAUGAAUUCAUGGCUGACAUGAUCAUCAAACACAGUAAAGCGGUAGCAUUAACGAUCGGUUUAUCAGCAACUGCCACAAUUGUUAUCAUAGCGACCGCUGUUGCUGCAGGUGCUAUUAUACAAUGCUCCUUAUGCUAUGAUCAAUUUAUACCGGAAAGUGUAGUACUGUAA